AUGAACACUCUUGGCUAUGAAAAGUCCCACCCAGGAAUGGCCCGGCCUUCCUCCAUCCUGAUACCAACAGAAGGGCCGACUGCAUUAUCUCCUCCAUAUUUAUCUCCUCAGAUCCGCCAAUCUCCCUCAACAGAACCGCUCGAUUGGGAUGCCAACGAGGUCAGUAUAUGGAUAUCUUCGAAGGAACAUCUUUCCGAAUACGCUACUCUUUUUGCAGAGCAUAAUGUGACUGGAUUAGUGUUGCCAAUGCUAGAGUCAGACCAUUUGCGUGAAAUGGGUAUAACCUCUUUGAAAGACCGGAUUCGCAUUAAGCAUGAGAUCAGCAUAUUGCUCACGAAUUCAGCGAAGCGUGGAGAGUUGAAUCCUACGAUGUUUUCAAACUCUUUCACGGAGCUACAAUCACUGAUGAUCUCUUCGAAUGUGGUACAACAACUCUCCAGAUCCGUUCAUCAGAAUGCUCGCUCCGGAUCGAACCGUGACCCUGACUACAGACGCACAAUGGAACAGUUCAAUAGGCUCCGCGAGGAGAUGCUCCCAAUUUUCAAGCUGAUCAAAGACACGAAGCCACUGCCAACGCCGGAGAAUACAACUUUCGUAUCUCAAUCGCCCUCAGCAGCAGCUUCCCCUACUAGACUUCAAAGAUCAACCGCAAGUCCCGCAGAACAGUAUGCCAAGCGAACUUCUGUGCGCAAAUCGAUGCAAUUUUCACCAACAGCACACACAUCGCCGAGGUCGCCCUCUAUCCCAAGUCGGUCGACCUCGCUAGAUCCGUCCUACGAUAUUCAGACACAGCUAAGAGCCAAUACAGAAGAUUCUUGUUUGAAGGUUCUUCAGGCGGCUAUGCGCAGACACAAGCUGAAUGCUGAUGAUUGGAAGAAGUACGCGUUGGUGAUAUGCUAUGGAGACCAAGAGCGUGUUCUUGACUACCAUGAAAAACCUGUGGUGGUGGUGAAAGAACUGGGAGAGCUGGGAAAAUCAGCUGCCAUCAUGCUCAGACAGGUGGAAGAUGCAGACCAAGUUGAUGACGACGAGGAUUUGUUGAUUAGCGUCACUCCCGGUGGGAGGUUGUGA